UGAGGCUAAUAGCCAGGGUUAUUACAGCAAUUGAACUGCCACAAAGAUUGCAGGUGUAACCCAGAGUUCAGCCGUCUUUAGGAAGAUUAAACUCCUACCCAGCUGUCAUUGGUCUUUCUUGGUCAUUUGUAAUGUUGGCUAGUCUGGUGUUCUAACCUGUGUUCUAUCCCUUAUUUAAUCUUGGAAAUCAUCCAUAUCCUUGCUUCCAGAAAUCCUUGAAUCCUGCUCACCUUAUUACAUUUUUCUCCAUGAUCGCCUGGAACCUGGACUUCAUUUGAGUUAGAUGAUCAUUCAUUUUGCCCAGCUUAAGUAUUUUUGGUACAGAUUGACUGCCAUGUUACAAUGUUAUAAUGGGCUGAAGAUAAUAGAAGCAAGUACAGGCGGAUGUUGAUGGGCCUGUCAAGGGACAGGUGUCACUGUUCAGAGCUUUCCUAGAGUAUCAGGCCUUUGUGACACUGACCACAAACGAUGCCUACGCCAAAGGUGCCCUGGUCCUAGGCUCAUCUCUGAAACAGCACAGGACCACCAGGAGGCUAGUCGUGCUCGCCACCCCUCAGGUCUCAGACUCCAUGAGAAAAGUUUUAGAGACAGUCUUUGAUGAAGUCAUCAUGGUAGAUGUCUUGGACAGUGGCGAUUCUGCUCAUCUAACCUUAAUGAAGAGGCCAGAGUUGGGUGUCACGCUGACAAAGCUCCACUGCUGGUCGCUUACACAGUAUUCAAAAUGUGUAUUCAUGGAUGCAGAUACUCUGGUCCUAGCAAAUGUUGAUGAUCUUUUUGAGAGAGAAGAAUUGUCAGCAGCACCAGACCCAGGGUGGCCUGACUGCUUCAAUUCCGGAGUCUUCGUUUAUCAGCCUUCACUUGAAACAUAUAAUCAGCUGUUGUGUCUUGCUUCUGAGCAAGGUAGUUUUGAUGGUGGGGACCAAGGCAUACUGAACACAUUUUUUAGCAGCUGGGCAACAACAGAUAUCAGAAAACACCUGCCGUUCAUUUAUAACCUAAGCAGCAUCUCUAUAUACUCCUACCUCCCGGCUUUUAAAGUGUUUGGUGCAGGUGCCAAAGUUGUGCAUUUCCUGGGACGAGUGAAACCAUGGAAUUAUACUUAUGAUCCCAAAACAAAAAGUGUCAAAAGUGAGGCCCAUGAUCCCAACAUGACUCAUCCAGAGUUUCUCAUCCUGUGGUGGAACAUCUUUACCACCAACGUUUUACCUCUGCUUCAACAGUUUGGCCUUGUCAAAGACACCUGCUCAUAUGUAAAUGUGCUUUCAGACUUGGUCUAUACACUGGCUUUCUCUUGUGGCUUCUGUAGAAAGGAAGAUGUCUCAGGAGCCAUAUCUCAUCUGUCCCUUGGGGAGAUCCCAGCUAUGGCACAGCCGUUUGUAUCCUCAGAAGAACGGAAAGAACGAUGGGAACAGGGCCAGGCUGAUUAUAUGGGAGCAGAUUCCUUUGACAACAUCAAGAGGAAACUUGACACUUACCUCCAGUAGAAACACUGCAUUUUUCUGUGAACACAUCCACUUCACAAGCCUUGUUUCUGAUACUUAGUAUCUAGAGCUGGGUUGAGAAAAGUCUGUUACAGUUGCUAGAGGUUUUCAUUAAAACUUAUGAGAGGCUUUUUUAGGAUAAGAGGGUGAGAACUGGGCAAAAGUUGUGAAGCAGCAAUUCUGUUAUAUGGACAGUGUUCUGCUUUUUAAUCCUAUUUAGCUUGUUUCAGAAAUUCUCACUUUUGUCGACUGCCAACAUACAAAGUAAGGGAAACUCAAGAUAUUAAGAUGGCUGUAUCAGUUCUUAAAAUCUGCAGAGCCUGGUUCAAAAUCAGUCACUCCUUUCAGAAGCAGACAUGGCAUCUGUUCCUUGCUUGCGUGUUGGUUGUGCCUACCUUUCACGAGACCUGAAUUUUAGAAUUGCCCAGUGCUGCCAGAGUGAGUUGAGUGUAAUUCUGCUUUCAGGUAAAGAUAGGCUAUCUUAACACUGCUGAGUGAUUCAUAAACGUAUCAACCAAUAGCAUUAACCCAUUUUACUUCCUGGUCUUAGUGUCUGAAGAUGCUCACCAGUUUUCUAUGUACAGUAAGGCAGCAUGCUAAAAUGCUUUUGUUCAGUUCUGUAUAUUUGAAAAUAGCAGUGUGUUCUCUGAUGGUUACCUGCAGUGGCACCCUGUACAAAAAAUAAAAGACUUAUUGCUGUA